AUAAAGGGCCGAGAACUAAGCGAAUCCACACAGUCGGCAGUGGCGUCGCAGCGAGUUGUGGUCGUUGUGGGAAUUAAUUCAAAGAAAACUCUUUUGUAAUUCCCGGACGAGCGAAGGGGAAAAUGACCGACGUGGAGCAGCAGCAGGUGAAGGGAUCCCAGAACGGUCAUUUUGAAGAGGGAGAGGGUCCGGAUGCGGGCGAGGAAAUGAUGGCGGAUGGAGCCGAGGCUCCUACGAGCGCCGAGAUCGAGGGCUCGAAAAUCAACGCCAGCAAGAAUGAGGAAGACGCCGGGAAAAUGUUCGUGGGAGGUUUGAGUUGGGAUACCAGUAAAAAAGACCUGAAAGAUUAUUUUUCUAAAUUUGGUGAAGUUGUGGACUGUACAAUUAAGAUGGACCCCGCAACGGGAAGGUCGAGAGGGUUUGGAUUUAUCCUCUUCAAAGAUUCUUCCAGCGCCGAUAAGGUAUUGGAACAAAAAGAACACAAAUUAGAUGGGAGAGUAGUUGAUCCUAAAAGAGCAAUGGCCAUGAAGAAAGAGCCUGUAAAGAAAAUCUUCGUUGGAGGCCUUCAUCCAGAUACUCCAGAAGAUAAGAUCAGAGAGUACUUUGGAAGCUUUGGUGAGGUGGAAUCAAUUGAACUUCCAAUGGACAGUAAGACCAAUAAGAGAAGAGGAUUCUGUUUCAUCUCAUUUAAAGAAGAGGAGCCAGUAAAAAAGAUCUUGGAGAAGAAGUACCAUGAUAUUGGAAAUAGCAAGUGUGAAAUCAAAGUGGCUCAGCCGAAAGAAGUUUAUCAACAGCAGCAGCAAUGGGGAGGCAGAGGCAGCUUUACAGGAAGGGGCAGAGGUAGUGGCCGUGGAGCUGGUCAAAGUCAGAACUGGAGUCAAGGAUACAGCAGUAAUUACUGGAAUCCAAGCUAUGGAAGCAGUUAUGGUUACAACGGGCAAAGUGGCUACAGUACAUAUGGAGGCUAUGAUUAUACUGGCUAUAAUUACAAUAAUAGUUACUAUGGUGGAUAUGGACAAGGAUAUGACUACAAUCAGAGUAAUGGUAGCUAUGGGAAAGCACCAAGACGUGGGGCAGCUCAUCAAGGUGGCUAUAAACCGUAUUAGAAUGGAAUCUGAAUGCAGGUCAUCAACAGGGCAAAAUCUUACACAAGUCCUCUUGAUGCAACUGUGUUGCAUUUGGGACUAAUUUCUUUGAACUGUUUUCAUCCUGGAUGACUCCCCAUAUGUACAGAACAGACUUGUAGGGAAACUUUACAGCUUUUAAUUUUGUAGUCUGUCUUCAUGUUGUACAUUUCCUGUGAUGGAAGUGUUUUUUACUAUACUUUUUGGUACCCAAUGGAUGCUGAUAAUGUAUUAUGUAAGUUUGUAUUUUACCUAAAAUUACUGGAUUUGCAUUACUGACUUGUUUAUUGGAUUAGUCAAAGUUCCUGAAUUAAAGUUCCUUUUGUGUA